UGUUCCUGGACUAACUGUGAAUGUCCGAGUUCGUGCAAAGACUCCUGCUGUACCGACGCUCGAUUUAUACGGUUCUGCUGGCUGUACGCGGCCCGGUUUCUCCUCGGUUCCGUUUGAAACUAUCAUGGGCUGAAAGUUUCACGUUGCUGCUGCUGCUGCUGUUGUUGGAAACCUAAACGGGACAGGAUGCAGAAACCAGGAGCGAGAAGAGAGAAGAUUUUGCCAGCGGGAUCACGGACGCCAGGCAGAGCAGUGUCCUCUGGGGCUGAGGCUCCGAUCAUGAGCAAGGCCGAGUUCAUGGAGAAGGUCCGGCGAAGUAACGAGGCGUGCCAGCACGGCGACUUCAGCAUGGCCGUGGAGCUGUACAGUGAAGCGUUGCGUGCCGACCCACAGAACUGCAUCCUCUACAGCAACCGCUCAGCCGCUCGUCUUAAACUGGGCCAACACCAGGCAGCGCUGGAUGAUGCCGUCAAAGCCCGCCUGCUCAACCCAAAGUGGCCUAAGGCAUACUUCCGACAGGGUGUUGCCCUCCAGUAUUUGGGCCGGCAUGCAGAUGCUCUGGCCGCUUUUGCCUCCGGUCUCGCGCAGGACCCCAAGAGCCUGCAGCUUCUGGUCGGGAUGGUGGAGGCCGCCAUGAAGUCGCCACUACGAGAAUCUUUGGAGCCGACCUAUCAGCAAUUGCAGAAGAUGAAGCUGGACAAGAGCCCGUUCGUGGUGGUGUCUGUGAUCGGCCAGGAGCUCCUGAGCGCCUCUCAUCACGGCGCUGCGGUGGUGGUUCUAGAGGCCGCGUUGAAGAUCGGCACGUGCAGCCUCAAACUGCGUGGUUCGGUUUUCUCAGCCCUCAGCAGCGCCUACUGGUCACUGGGCAACACCGAGAAAAGUACUGCCUACAUGCAGCAAGACCUGGAAGUAGCCAAGACUUUAGGUGACCAGGCGGGUGAAUGCAGGGCUCAUGGGAACCUCGGGUCAGCCUUCUUCUCCAAGAGCAAUUACCGAGAGGCCCUGACCAAUCACAGACACCAGCUUGUCCUGGCCAUGAAGCUAAAGGACAGAGAGGCGGCAUCGUCGGCUCUGAGCAGUCUGGGCCACGUCUACACCGCCAUCGGUGACUACCCCAAUGCACUGGCCAGCCACAAGCAGUGCGCUCUACUCGCCAAGCAGCGAAAGGACCAGCUAGAAGAGGCACGCGAACUGGGCAACAUGGGGGCCGUCUACAUCGCCAUGGGUGACUUCUCCAGUGCCGUACAAUGCCACGAACAGCAUCUGGACAUCGCCAAGGAGCAAGGAGACAAGCGCGAGGAGUCACGUGCCUACAGCAACCUGGGCAGUGCUUACCACUACCGGCGUGACUUCGAUAAGGCCGCGUCGUAUCACGCGCGGGUGCUGGAGCUGGCGCAGGAGCUGGAGGAGCGGGCCAUCGAGAUGCGGGCGUACGCCGGUCUGGGCCACGCCGCACGCUGCAUGCAAGACCUGGAGCGCGCCAAGCAGUACCACGAGCAGCAGCUCAACAUCGCGGAGAGCCUGAAGGACCGCGCGGCCGAGGGACGCGCCUCCUCCAACCUAGGAAUCAUCCACCAGAUGAAAGGAGAUUAUGAAACGGCUCUGAAACUUCACAAAGCUCACCUCUCCAUUGCUCAGGAGCUCAAUGACUACGCCGCCCAGGGCAGGGCCUACGGCAACAUGGGCAACGCUUACAAUGCUCUAUGUAUCUUCGACCAGGCUGUGCGCUACCACCGACAGGAGCUACAGAUCUCAAUGGAGGUCAACGACCGCGCCUCGCAGGCCUCUACCCACGGCAACCUUGCUGUAGCCUAUCAGGCCUUGGGGGCGCAUGACCGAGCCUUGCAACACUACCAGAACCAUCUGAACAUCGCCCGUGAGCUCCGCGACAUCCAGAGCGAGGCUCGUGCUCUGGGGAACCUGGGAAACUUCCACUGCUCGCGAGGGGAGUUCCCCCAGGCUGUGCCAUACUACGAGCAGUAUCUACGGCUCUCACCGGACCUGCAGGACAUGGAAAGUGAGGGCAAGGUUUGUCACAACUUGGGAUAUGCACAUUAUUGCCUGGGGAACUUCCAGGAAGCGGUUAAAUACUACGAGCAGGACCUGGCUCUGGCUAAAGACCUGCAUGACAAGCUGAGUCAAGCCAAAGCUUACUGCAAUUUAGGCCUGGCUUUUAAAGCACUCGGCAACUACAAUAAGGCUGAAGAGUGCCAGAAGUACCUCCUGUCCUUGGCUCAAUCACUAAACAACUCGCAGGCUAGGUUCCGUGCUCUUGGAAAUCUAGGUGACAUCUUUAUGUGCAAAAAAGAUGUGUCUGGUGCCGUAAAGUUUUACGAGCAACAAUUAUCGCUGGCCCAUCAGGUUAAGGAGCGGAAGAUGGAAGCCAGCGCUUAUGCCGCAUUGGGUGCUGCCUUCAGAGUGCUUCAGAAAUAUGACAAGGCUCUCGGGUACCACACGCAAGAGCUGGAGGUUUACCAGGAGCUCGGGGAUAUCCAAGGUGAGUGCCAGGCUCACGGACACCUCGCAGCUGUGUAUAUGUCUCUGGGGAAGUACAGCAUGGCCUUCAAGUGCUAUGAGGAGCAGUUAGAGUUGGGCCAGCGGCUCAAGGACCCCAGCGUGGAGGCCCAGGUCUAUGGCAACAUGGGCAUUACGAAAAUGAACAUGGGGGUGAUGGAAGAGGCCAUCGGAUAUUUCGAGCAGCAGCUCGCCAUGCUCCAGCAGCUCAGCGGGAACGAGGCGGUGCUGGACCGCGGCCGUGCCUACGGCAACCUCGGGGACUGCUACGACUCUCUGGGCGACUACGAGGAAGCCAUCAAGUACUACGAGCAGUACCUGUCUGUUGCGCAGAGUCUCAAUCAUAUGCAGGACCAAGAGAAAGCCUACAGGGGGUUGGGUAAUGGACACAGGGCUAUGGGCAACCUGCAGCAAUCACUUGUCUGCUUUGAGAAACGUCUGGUGGUGGCCCAUGAGCUUGGCGGGUGCAACAACAAGGCACAGGCUUAUGGCGAGCUGGGCAGCCUCCACAGCCAGCUGGGCAACUACGAACAGGCCAUCUCAUGCCUGGAGCGACAACUGGCUAUCGCCCGUGACACCUCCGAUCAGCUCCUGGAAGGCCAGGCCAGCUGUGGCCUGGGUUCUGUUUACCAGCUCAUGGGCGAGUAUGAGACAGCGCUGCAGUUCCAUCAGCGGGACCUACAGAUCGGAGAAGAGACCGGAAACGCAGGCUGUCAAGGACGGGCCUACGGAAACCUGGGCCUCACCUAUGAAUCUCUGUGCAACUUCGAGCGAGCGGUGGUGUAUCAGGAGCAGCACCUGAGCAUCGCAGCACAGACCAACGACCUGGUUGCCAAGACACAAGCCUACAGCAGUCUGGGUCGCACUCAUCAUGCCCUGCAAAACUACUCACAGGCUGUCAUGUACCUGCAGGAAGGUCUGCGUCUGGCGGAGCAGCUGGGCCGGCGUGAAGAUGAGGCCAAAAUCCGUCACCGUCUGGGCCUCUCACUGUGGGCCAGCGGUAACCUGGAGGAAGCCCAGCACCAGCUGUACCGUGCCUCUGCUUUGUUUGAGACCAUUCGGCAUGAAGCUCAGCACAGCACCGACUACAAACUCUCCCUGUUCGACCUCCAGACCUCUUCGUACCAGGCUCUCCAAAGAGUUCUAGUCAGCCUCGGUCACCAUGACGAGGCGCUGGCAGUGGCGGAACGAGGCCGAACACGGGCUUUUGCUGACCUGCUGGUGGAGCGGCAGACAGGCCAGCAGAACUCGGACCCGUACACCCCUGUCACGGUGGAGCACAUCCUGGAUACAGUGAACAGCCAGCGGGCCCUGGUGCUGUACUACUCAGUGGCUGCUGGGUACCUUUACAGUUGGCUGCUUGCUCCCGGUUCAGGAAUCCUCAAGUUCCAUGAAGUGUACCUGGGCGAAGGCGCUUCCGAGAGUGGGCCGUCUGAUUUCCAGGAGGCCGGCGGUGGUUCGGUGCAUGGAGGAGGUGCCACGUCCCUGGAGCAGCACACUGCUAAUGCCAGAGAAGCUCUGGGAGUUGAUGCCUAUUACAGCAGAGCAUGUUCCAGCAGUGAAACUGAGAGCGAGGCGGGAGAUCUCCUGGACCAGCAGUUCGAGGAGCUCAACAACAAGCUCAACUCGGUCACCGAUCCCACUGGCUUCCUCAGAAUGGUUUCCAGGAACAACCUCUUUAACAGGAGCUGUCAGAGCAUGACAAGUCUGUUCAGUAACACAGUCUCUCCGGUGAAAGAAGGAAGCUCCUCUCUGUCCCGUCGCUCCAGCGCUCUGAGCAAGCCUCCCCUCCGCGCCCUCUAUGACCUCCUCAUCGCUCCUAUGGAGGGGGGUCUGAUGCAUUCCAGUGGGCCGGUGGGCAGGCACAGGCAGCUGGUUCUGGUUCUGGAAGGCGAGCUCUAUCUCAUUCCAUUCGCCCUGCUGAAGGGCAGUUCAUCCAACGAGUACCUGUACGAGCGCUUCAGCCUCAUAGCCGUGCCCUCCAUCGGUAGCCUGGGAGCCAAUGCCAAGGUUCACCCCCGGCGUGCUGGCCCAGCACUGUGCCCUGGAGGCAGCUCCGCUGCAGUAGUAGGCAACCCGCGUCUGCCCAGCUCGGUGAUGGAGCGCUGGCUCUGGGGCCCGAUGCCCUCAGCUGAGGAGGAAGCCCACAUGGUAGCUGAGCUCCUGGGUUGUCAGCCUCUGGCCGGCCCGGGUGCCACCAAGCAGCGGGUCAUGAGCGCCCUAAGCCAGGCAGAAUGUGCCCACUUUGCCACACAUGUCUCCUGGAAGCUGGCAGCCCUGGUGCUAGCGCCCAAUCAGGACUUAGGCACUGGGCAUGGUGCAGGUACAUCAUCUGGGGCAUCAGGGGGUGGAGAGAGCGGUGGGAAGUCUAGCUACAGCAUCAAGGAUGACGGCAGUGAUGCGGAGAGUGUGUGCGACAGUCCGCCACUGCAGGAGUUCCUGCUCACAGCCGCAGACAUCCUGGACCUUCGGUUGCCGGUUAAACUAGUGGUGCUAGGUUCCUACCAGGAAUCAGACAGUAAGGUGACGGCGGACGGGGUGGUAGGACUCACCCGGGCUUUUUUAGCAGCAGGCGCUCAGUGUGUCCUGGUGUCUCUGUGGCCUGUGCCUAUGGCUGCCUCCAAAAUGUUCGUUCACGCUUUCUACACGGCCCUGCUGAACGGCACUAAGGCCAGCGCCGCCCUCGUCGAUGCCAUGAAAACACUACAGGGCAGCAAGCAGUUUUCUCAUCCAUCCAACUGGGCAGGCUACAUGCUGAUCGGCAGCGAUGUGAAGCUGAACAGCCCCUCGUCUCUGAUUAGCCAGGCCCUGGCUGAGAUCCUGCAGUACCCAGAUAAAGCCAGAGAUGCGCUCAGGGUCCUGCUGCACCUGGUGGAGAAGUCUCUGCAGCGCAUUCAGAGUGGUCAGCGUAACUCCAUGUACACGUCUCAGCAAAGCGUGGAGAACAAGGUCGGGGGCGUACCGGGCUGGCAGGCUCUUCUCAGUGCUGUGGGUUUCAAACUGGACCCGGGCAGUGCAGGCCUCCCAGCCGCCGUCUUCUUCCCUAUGGCCGAUCCUGGAGACCGACUGCAGCAGUGCAGCGCCACCUUGCAGUCUCUGCUCGGUCUGCCCCCUCCUGCCCUCCAGGCUCUGUGUAAACUCAUCACGGCUUCUGAGACCGGAGAGCAGCUCAUCAGCAGGCUUCACCAGGUGUUGGUCCAGUUGCAGUCGGGUGAAAAGGAGCAUGAUUUCUCACUGGUGCCCAUCCAGGUCUCCAUCAGUGUGCAGCUCUGGAGGCUACCUGGCUGCCAUGAGUUCUUGGCAGCUCUGGGGUUUGACCUGUGUGAGGUUGGUCAGGAGGAGGUGGUGCUGAAGACCGGAAAACAGGCCAAUCGCCGCACCAUGCACUUUGCCCUGCAGUCUUUGUUGGCGCUGUUUGACUCCACCGAACUGCCCAAGCGCCUCAGCCUGGACAGCUCCUCAUCCCUCGAGUCUCUGGCCUCUGCCCAGUCUAUUUGUCAGCAACUGCCCACGGGCUACGUCAGUGCUCCCUUCUCCCCUCCCUGCCCCGACAGCCUGGCCUCAGAUGCCAUCUCUGUCUACAGCCUGAGCUCUAUUGCCUCAUCCAUGAGCUUCCUGGCACGGCCCGAGGGCAGCUCAGACGUCACCGGGCAGCGUCCCCGCCAUGCCGGCCUUUUCACCUCUCAGAGGCACGCCUCUGUGCCACGGAGCCGCUCCUCGCCGCACGGCGCCGCCCGGGGCCACGAGGACGACGAGUAUCAAGGCUUCAGCAUCAUCAGCAGUGAACCUCUGGGCACUCACUGCGAUACACUCCCGCGACCAGCCGGCCAUCAGCGGGGAACAGGGCGUGGAGGUGCGGGCAGGGGAUACGUAGCAUCCGUGUCAUCAAGGGGCAGCAUCAGCACCCCAACGUCACCAGUGAAGGCGACUAGUCUGAUUCCCAGUGCCAGUUCGCCUUUUCAGAAGACUGUCAAGGCAGGCAACUCGGACACUGGCGAAUCAGACCAGUCCAGUACUGAAACGGACAGCACGGUGAAAUCGCAGGAGGACCGUCCACCGGCGCCAGCGACGCCCCUGGACCCACAGGAGCUGGCACAGAAGAUCCUAGCAGAGACACAGAGCCACAUGCGGGCAGUCGAGACCCUGCAGAGGAGUAGCCCUGGAACAGGCGAUUCCCCGAAACCUACCGGAGGCUCCGCCUUCCGCUGCUCGGAGACCAGUGCUUUUAGUCGGCCUAGCAGCAGAGCCAGCAUAAAAUCACAGAAGCUUCAGAAGAUCAGCUCGGGGUACAACAGCCCUGCCAUGUCAGAGACAUCGCUGAAGGACAGCUGUCAGCCAUCACCAACAUCUGACCACCUUCACGCCCAGUUCAAGCUUAAAUAUCCAAGCUCACCUUACAGUGGGCACAUCUCUCCCAGCUCAGGCCACCAGUCACCAGCUGAAAGUGCCCCCUCCCCGGCUCUGUCCUAUUCCUCUACCGACUCAACGCGUUCCAGUCCAGGUGACCUUGACCGCCUUAAACUGGCUUCCAUCGACGAGAAAGUGCAGGCUAUCCACAAUCUAAAGACAUUUUGGGCCAGCAACCCUCAUCAGCAGCAGUCUGGACCAAUGAGGGCUUUCCACAGUGGAGCCAAAUUAAGUACUUCCCAAAAGGAUGUCUUAGGUCUUCUUAAUCUGUCCCCGCGCCACGGCAAGGGUCAAGACUUGCCCGGUUACGAACUGCAAGACAGUCAGUCAGAUCCUGGCUCCAGAAACCCGCCCAACGGCCAUCGGAAGAUGGAGACGAAAGGGGUCACCCCUUCACCCACGCCUUCCACCGGGAGUAGCCCCGGUUCCCACACUAUCAGACUGCCUACUGGGAACGGGUAUAAAUUUAUCUCCCCUGGAAGAUUCUUUCCCUCAUCGAAAUGCUGAAAGCUUGCUUCUAGUUUUCAUUUCUUCCUAAAAUGGCAGAGGUAGAAUAUUUGGAUGUGUGCCCGUUUAUGAAAAUGAACGAUAGGACAGAUCUGGAGGCCAGAUCUCACAGCCUCAUUCCGUCCACUGAGCAGAGAGCGGAUAAUCAUAAUGCUUCCACCUACACUGUAAAAGUACCAUCCGUAUAUGCAGACUGACCAUGAAUUGACACGCAUCAGGAAAAAAAAAGACUAUACCAAAAUGGUAUUGGUAUAAAAGACGCUCACUGUUUGUGUUAGUGAAGGACCACAUGGUUUUAACUGGUUGGUUUGAUUUGAUUUUUGGUUUUAAUUUCGAAUAUAAUUAUUGUUAUUGUUAUAAUUAUGAAUUGUAAUUGUUAUUACAGUUAUUUUUUGUAAAUUAAAAGUGUUUUGCAAUCAGUAUUAUACAUUUUUAUAUUAUUAAAGAGGCACACCAUGCACAAAAUAAAGUCGAACAAACAUUUUCAUAUUUUUAUUGAAACGGUGAAGAAGAAAAAUGCAUUGGACCUGACAUUUAUGUGAAUCGAGUGUCAGUAUUAAAGCAUGGGUUCUUUUGCUAUUCAGUGAUUGUGUCUUUUUGACAAAGAUUUUCCAUAUGUCCUCAUCCAGAACUAUCUCAGUAAAAUGUAUCAA